UUGGAGGAGGCAGGGGUGGUAGCAGAGGCCGGCUACAGGGGACGGUGCGGUCCUCGGGGUGACAGCGAGUUGUGGGAUGGCGCUGCCUCCGCUCGGCCGCCUUUUCCUUCUGGGCUGGAUACUCAGGGGGGGAAUGUGAAUUCGGGACUCGCUCACGCGGUGCUGGCGAUAACCGCUGGCAGGGGCGAUUCUGAAACGCGAAUUGAGCCUCCCAGACCUCUGCCGUCUGCGUGCCCAGCCGCUGCCAGGUUGCCACCGGGUUCCUUGCAGAGCAAGAACGCGACUGUUGAUUGUACGUUGAAAGAGCCUGUCAUGUUCCCAAAGCAGAGCCUGCAUCCUGCUAGGAAGGAGCCCUUAUGCAUCAGUAUAUUGGUCACCAAGACCGAGAAGGGGUGCAGGAAAGAGAAGCUCUCUAACUCCGGCUCUAGUGAAGAUCCGCUCCCAGGGAGGCUGUUUUUUCUCCAGGCUGACCAGCCUGCUGCUCACGAGCAAGAGCCGCUACGGGAAAGUCCCCAAGAAAAGCCGGGAGAAGUAGCCCAAAAUGAGGAGGAGGAGGAGGAGGAUGCUUUGGCAUCUGACAGAUCAUGCGUCAGAAACGGUGUCCCUACAGAGCCAUCCGCCCUUUCUGUUCCUCCGACAGAAGGGGCUUUGCAAGUACUUGAUGCUUCCUGCUUGAAAAGGCAGGUUUCGCAUGACUUUCUGGAGACCAGGUUUAAAAUCCAGCAGCUUUUGGAGCCUCAGCAGUAUAUGGCCUUCUUGCCUCACCACAUCAUAGUGAAGAUCUUCGGAUUGCUUCCUACUAGGAGUCUGGUUGCCCUAAAAUGCACUUGCUACUACUUCAAAUUCAUCAUCGAAUACUACAACAUCAGGCCAGCAGACUCCCGCUGGGUCCGCGAUCCCCGCUACCGAGAAGACCCUUGCAAGCAGUGCAAGAAGAAGUACGUGAAAGGGGACGUAUCGCUGUGCCGGUGGCAUCCCAAACCAUACUGUCAAGCUUUACCCUACGGGCCUGGCUACUGGAUGUGCUGUCACCGGUCUCAGAAGGGCAUCCCGGGCUGUAAGCUGGGCCUUCAUGACAAUCAUUGGGUUCCCGCCUGCCACAGCUUUAACCGUGCUAUCCACAAGAAAACCAGAGGAGCGGGAGCCGAAGUGGAGGAGGAAUAUUAGUGCACAUACACUUUCCUGCGCGAUUGUUUUGGGGUAGGAGGAGAUUCUCAUGCCUUGUGCUGUUUACAGUGUAUAUAAUUGUCGUGGGUUUUUUUUUUCACAGGGCUAUGAAACUGCACAUACUUAAACACAAGAGCCUUUACCUUUUAGAUUAAAGAUAGCUUUUAGUCCAUCUAUGUAAAUAACACUAUAAAAACUAAUUGUACAUACAGAGUCUACAGCUGGCUGAACAACGUAAUCACUACAAUGCAGCUAUGAUAGUGUUGCGGCUAUAGUUGUGUGUGUUUUUAAGUGUCUUGUUCCAAAAUCUGUAUAUCCUGUAUAAUAUAUGAAUGUUUCUGAGAAGAAACUCUAAAUAGGUAAAGGUCAACUUGUUUAAAGAAUCUUCAGACAAUUUAACUGGACAACCUUAAAAUUAGACUAGAACAGAUCCAUUAUAGUAGUGUGGCAGUGGAUUAAAAAAAAAAAGAGGAAUAUUAUGGUAUAGUCAGAAUAUAAAAAGUUGUUGUCU